AGACUAUCCAAUCAAAUUGUCCAUGUCUUGUCCUGCUGAUGCUAGCAAAGAGUUGCGGGUUUGGAUCACUGCGUUGUCUCUUGCAGAUGGAUUUGUAAAUGACAAUGCAUACACUGUGCGAUCGUGGUCGGAUGUGUCUGGAUUCAGUGUGCUGGAGUGUGUUGCCAUGCGCAAAGAGUUUUUAGAGGCUAUUGAACACAAGCUAUACAUCACUGAACAAGAGUACACUUACUGGCUGCAGACUCUCGAGUCUUUGUUGGAUCAACCCGAGGCUUGUUAUGGCACUGUUGGUAUGACUGACACAGACCCUGUUGCAAUCCCAAAUACCACCACGGGUUUUGGCUUCCAUAACGAUCUGUUUCUUCCUGGUAGCUUCCCAGCAGAUGUGGACAUGGCGUCUUCAAUGUCUACUGCUGCUUCCACUGCUGCUCUCGAGAUAUGUCCUACAACUACCGUCUCUCCAAUUUCUGUUCACUUUACUUCUAAUCACAAUCAACACCAGCCUCUGUCAAUGUCUCAGCCCCAACUCUCCUUGUCGUGGCCACAUUCGAUCUCACAGUUUGCCGCUGCUACCAUUGGCGAUGCUGUUUUAGGUCGUCGUAUUCGUCUUUAACCUAUUGCACUGAUCAAUCUGAUGCUCAGAAUAGUUGCUUGAUGCUAUUCCUUUGCCUUGUUCAAGUCUAAAUCUACAGAUAUCCCAUCCCUUGAUAAACUCGCCAUGUAUAACUACUUCAGAAUACUUUCUUUAAUCCAGUUUCUUUUACCCUUACAUCUCACUACAUCUAAUAAAGCUGGCAUGUUUCAUUCCCGAUU